UCCUAUACGGUCAAAAUAAAAAGAAAAAGGAAAGAAUUUAUGGUACCAAGCUGGGAAAAUUAUUUAGGAUUUUCAUCUAAGCUUGAAAAUAUACCGUAUUACACAUCGACAUUAGAAACAUUUCCUCUUUUAAAUGAUCCUGAAUUUCCAACAUUGACAAUGCUUACAAAAAUAACAAUUGAGCCACAAACGUUUAUCGUUCAAGUUGAAACUGAUAAAAGAACUAAGACUGUUUUGAGUUCGAUUGGUUUAAUCGGAGGUGCAUGGGGAUCUGCUGCAACAAUUUAUGUAAUACUUUUUGGUGCUAUUGUUAUUAAACCAUGGGGAUGGAUCCAAAAAUACGGGUUUAAAAUAAAUAAAUCUGUUCAAACAAAAUUGCAAAGUACUUUCGGAUUUAUUCCUCUUGUUCAUCAUUCAAAAACUAAUAAUUUAAAUAACAAUGAAUUAAAAAAAAGACUUGAUUCAUUGCAACUAUUUCUAACUGAAUAUGUUGUUGAUGUACAAUAUUUGGAAGAGAUUUAUAAAUCUAAUAUGAAUAAAAAAG